CAAAUUCAUAUGUUUGUACAUGUAUAUUUUAUCUGUCAAAAUUGGUUGCAUAUAAAAUAAUGCAUUACUUUUCAAAAAUAACUUAAGAAGAAAGGUGAAAUAAAAGUAAAUUGAAUAAAUUUAUUGAACAUUUUGGAUUAAUUGGAAAAUAUGGUUCUUGUUUCUUAUUUGAUGAGAAUGCUAAGCGGCCUUCAACGGUCACCAAAUGAGUUCAUCCCAGUUCAUAAACAUCUGAGAAGCUGUCAGCAAAGUUUAACUAUGUGGGAUCUACCAGAAGAAAUCCUUAUACAUCUUCUCAAAAGUCUACAUGUAAAAGAUCUUCUCAACAUGAGACAGGUUCAUCCAUAUUUUCGAGAUUUGAUUGACAACAGUCAGUCAGUAUGGGCAUGUGUUACAUUUCAAGAUUCCUGGCCAUCAUCAACAAAUCUCCAACAUUUUGAUAAAGCUGCAACAGUUGGAAAUAUUGAAGCCUUAGUUAAACUUGCCAUUGCCUACCUGUAUAAUGAAGGAUUACAAGGUGACAAUGAUGGAAAGAAAGUAUCCAGGAAUGGAACUAAAGCUGCUGAAAUGUUUUGUCGUGUUGAAUCUCUGACCCCUAACACUGACCCAUUUACCUGGCUGUUUAUACGCCCACCUUGGUCACUUAAUGGUGCAUGCUGUAAAGAAUGUGUUUUUAAUUACAUGAAGGAAUAUUUAAAGAAGGAUGACAGCAGGAAGAUGGAAGUAUGUGUAGCAAAGACGUUACAGCUUUUAGAUCAAGAGAAGAACAAUGAUGAGAUAGUGUCUUACCUCGAACAAGCGGCCAAUCAGGGCUCUGGCAUUGGUGCUUAUAUGUUGUGGUUACAUACAAAAUCUACUAUGUCUGUAUUGGAUAAAGCGGGUGAACUAGAAUGUAUUCGUAAACUACGUGAUAUAUGUAGCCUUGGACAUAUUGAUGCCAAACUAGAGCUUUGUAAAUACUAUGCUAUCUCUAAAUAUGGUGGCAUCAACAAAUCUCAAGCCAUGUCUUUCAUUCGAGAUUUUGUCCAUUCCGUCCCUGCCCUCAAUACUCAGGAGAGCUUCCAGCGAUCUCAGGAACUUACUGCCUCAAUGAGAUAUAUUUUAGUAGAUUGGUUGGCUGAAGUAGCUGCUAUGAAAUUAUUUUCGACUCACACAUUCCACGUGGCUGUAGGGGUUGUGGAUAGAUUCCUUCGUGUGAAUUCUGUACCAAGAUCAAAACUUCAACUUCUUGGUGUGUCUGCAAUGGUUCUUUGCUCAAGGCUUCUUGGUUCUGAUAUAAUUACAAUACGAGAAGCUGCAUGGUUAACUGACAAUACAUACAAAUAUGAAGAUGUUGUGAGAAUGAUGGGUGAAAUAACAGCAACAUUACGAGGAAACCUUCGUACCGCUACAAGUGUUGACUUCGCCGAGAUAUUCAACACAAUUCUUGGUCAUGACCGUCGCCUAUGUUACCUGUCUCAGUACAUCUGUGAACUUGCCUUGUUACAGGCAGAGAUGGGCCAGUAUAGUCCAGCAGAAACUGCUGCUAGUGCCGUUCUUCUGUCUAGGCUUCUCACAAAGUGUGAUGAUCCAUGGCCAAGUACAAUGCAGGAAGCAACAGGAUUUUGUAUUGAGGAUUUGAACAGAUGUGCUUUCCAUAUGCAUGAAAAAUGCUUCCUUGAGGGUUCAGUAGUAGAUCAUAGAGAUGUUACAUUACAAGCUGUAAAGCAGAGAUACGCUGAUGAUGACUGUUGUCGUGUUAGUGAAAUUGAAAUUAUAAGUUACAAAGAUUUGUGUAAAAGUUUGGGAGUUACUCAUCACUUUGUUCAUGGAGUGGAUAUCCAUGUAAGGUUCAGGAACGACGAUGAGCUGAUUGUAUCUCCACAGAAGAAGAGGCGUCGCACCGGUCUGAGAAGUGAGUCUAGCAAGACAACAAGUACCCCCAAAACUCCCAGAAACAGACCAAUGAUUGACUCACCAUUGUUGAAUGACUUUUCUCAGUUAAAUGAUUCGGUACUAUCUGGUUACGAUGGUGACCGCGAGGAUGAUCUUGAUGAAUCCAUCAUCAUAGAUGAGAGUAUUGAAGACCUCAAGCGUGAAGUGUUGUCAGAUGAAGGUAUACUUGGAAAUGAGGAUAAAAACAUUUCAUAUUUCUCCAGUGAUAAUACCAGAUCUCCACAGAAGUCAGCAUUUAAUUUCUCAGCCCCAUCACCGUUUAAACAAUGUCUUUCUUUUUCAAGCUCAAAGUUUGACUGUGAUAAUUCCUCUUCAACUUCGUCGUCUAGUUCACAUGAUGACGGUCCAUCCACCUCUAUGGGAUUCUGUUCUAGUUCAGACAUUAGUGCAUUUUCAUCUUUCAUCAAUUUGCGAUCUACUUCCAUGACAUUACGAUCAGCAACAGUGACAUCCGGUGCCUGUGGAUCUGUAUCCAGUGAUUCAGACUGUGAGAUUAGUGGACUAUCUGGAAUUAAACGGUUUAAAACGUCAAGGUCACCGAGACAUAUGACCUUGAGAAAUACGCCAAAAAGGCGUAGUCGAAGAAUCAGUGGUGGUAGCAGAACAUACAUCUUCAAAUAAAGAUGUGAUAUAGCUAUACUCUAUAUGUUCCAUCCAUUUUUUGUUUUCAUACCAGAUGAACAGAAUGACUGUGUUAUUACAUAUGUUGAUAUUCUAGUGAUUCCAGUGAGCUUUCACAUCUAUAGGUUAUUGUGAUCCAGUGUUGUUGACUGGUUUGUGAUAUAUCCUUGUUGACACAUGUGUACAUUAAGGCAUGUCUGUGUGAAUGGUAUAUGGAGUUAUAACAGCCAGAAAGGCAGCUAAAAUGUAAUAUAAGAAACAGCUUGUAUAUCUAUAUAAUGCAAACUUGUGCCGUGUGCUUGUCAUUGUUUAUAUAGAUCAUUUAAAUGAUUUAUUAAAUGUUUUGAUGCCAGACAGGCAAUCAUUUGAUCUGCUUGAUGAUUGCAAUACUUGAAUACUUACAGUUGAAUAUAACCUGUGUAACAGAUGGAUACUGCAUAACUGUUAUUUAUUAGGUGUAUUUGUGUAAGAUAGAAUGAAAUUACUGAAUCAAGUGCUAUAAUUUAAUUUGAUUUCUCUUCAUUUGCUAAGCAUUUGAAGUUUUUGUAAUUUUCUAAUCAGCUUUUUGUAUUUUUUGUAAAUUUUGUAAAUCCUAUAUAUGUUUUGAUGAUUAUUUUACUGUUCUGAUGGAAUUUGUUUUUGAAAGCAAUUUAUAAUUUUGUACCAUUUUUGUAAUAAAAUGGGAGAAAAAGAAGGAAAACGAAAUGAAGCAAAAUUCAUUACAGUAAUUUAUUUAAUAUAGCGGGAUAUGCUGGAAGUCCAGCACACCAUGUGCUUACAGUAAUUUAUAAUUAGUAAAGUUAGUACAAAGUUCUUUAUCUGGUGCAUUUUAUUUAUAACAUUAGUAUAUUAUAGAUUCCUAUUGUAAAUCCUUCUUUAAGACAGAUCUUAAAUUAAAGUAAAAUGAUAAUUUAUUCACUAUUCCCUUAAUAUUUAAGUGCCAUUGUUUGUUCAGAAGAUUUUCCCUUCAGGCUGUUACAAUGUUACAACUUUUUUCUAUAAUGAAAAGUUAAAUUACUGUUAUUAUUACAUCAAUCAUAGUAAAUGUUUCAUGGACGAAAUAUGUAGUUUUGUUCAACAAUAUGGAUUGCCUAUAAUGAUUUAAUCAUAUAAGAUGUAAGUUGAUAUUGCACUCUAUAUAAGAUUCUAUUAUCAGGCAAGCAUGUUUGUGCUAUCACAGUCUCAUUUUGUACCAUAACCACUUAUAAUGCAAACGUUUGUGCUUUUUGUAUAGACUUAUUUCUUAUCACUAGUAUAUGGUAACGGUUACCUAGUCAAGGUCUAAAGAUGUUUUAUUUUUACAACAUCACAGUAUUGUUAAUGUGUUAGUUAGAUUACAUAUAUAGCUUACACUGCCAACAACACAACAUUAUAAAUGUCUGUUGUUUAUGUUACCAUUUUCUGUUGCUUUUUAAAAGCAGUGAGUGAUUGUUUUAUGAAUGAUUGACAUUAAGUUUAUCAGUUCCUUAAAAACAGAUAUUCAGGUUUCCAUAAUAAGUUUUUCUGUGCUACCAUUGGUGUGGUAAUCAAAAAAGUUGAUUAAAUUAGUUAUUAAGAAAUAACUUGAUGCAAUUAUUUGGACCGUGUUCACUAUAACAAUAUGGAAUUUUAAAAAAUAUCAUUUUUUGUUACGUUAAUUAUAAGUUUGGUGCUGUAAAUAGAAAGAGUGUAUAAAAGAUAAUUUAUUGUAUGUUAUAGUAGAAUAGUAUUGUUUAUGUCUUGAUGUUAAAGUAUAACAUAUUGUGUGUGUAUAUAUCUUGUGUUGUUGCCAUAUAUAGAACAGUAACAUGCACACACUACUUGUAUAACUCUCUCAACCAUUAUACAGUAACAUUACCACCUUUGACUACCUCCCUAAUGCUGUAUAUCAAAGAUUUCUAAAUAUAAUUCCAGAUAAAGUAAACAAAAAUUGCUGGAUAUUAAUGUACACAUCUGUCUGUUUUCUCCAUCUAUCUAUCUUCUGUCUUUGAGGCCAGUAUAUCUCUAUAUAUCAGUCUCAGGUCUUCUCUUAGAAAUCCCAAACUCAAUCAUUUGCUGUAACAAACUUGUGAAAAUCCAAGCACUCAAACAUAGUUAACAUGGGAUGCCAAUGGUCUGUUUUUGAUUUGUUUUGGUCUAAACAUGUUUAUAUAUUUACUUAUUUUGAUUUCUGUUAUUGAGAUAUGUACAAUAUUUAUAUAUUACUGGAUAUAUUUUUGUAUCAAAAUAAAAUGAUGAAAUCUUA